AUGCAGAGCACCUCGCACGGAGACCAUCACGGGGACCACCAUCACGUCGGGCAUCACCAUGGCGGCUGCAGCGCCACCACGGGGCCAUACUCUUUGGGGCUGCAUGUGGGAGCCAUUUUUAUUCUUUUGUUUGCGUCGUUUCUGGGGACGGUUAUCCCACUUGCCGGGAAGUAUGUGCCGGGUCUGCGGCUGAGCCCAUUCUUGUUUGUUCUCGGCAAGUGUGCGGCGACUGGCGUGGUGCUGGCCGUUUCGCUACUUACCAUGAUUCAUCACAGCAUGCACAGCUUUGCAGAGGAUUGUAUACCCAAAGGGCUCCAUGCUGAUACGUAUGACGCGUUUGCAUUGCUUUUUGCGAUGAUUUCGGCGAUGCUGAUGCAGUUGCUUGAUGUCUUGUUGGACGGCAUGCUACAGAGCUGGUCAGCCUGCGACGCUGGAGCCCAAACUUCGACAACUGUGGGGGAACCGGGAAAUGAGCAAAAACAAGACGGCAGAUGUGCGGGCUCAUGCGGUAUGGAGGGAUGUGGGGAUCAGCCGGGACCGAGUUGUGAAAUGGGAGGGUGUUGCCAGAAUCGUGGGGCCCUUUCUGCAGCUCA